AUGGCACAGCAAGUUACUCUCGGCUAUUGGGAUAUCAGGGGCUACGCCGAACCGAUCCGCACCCUUCUGCACUACCUCAACGUGCCCUUCAAGGACGUCCGCUAUGGAUUCGGCUCCGGUGACAAGUUUCCCACCAAUGAGGAGUGGAUGAAGGAAAAAUUCACUCUUGACCUUCCAUUUCCCAACUUGCCGUACCUUCUAAUUGAUGGUCACUGCAAGUUUACUCAGAGCGUCGCCAUUCUGAAGUACUUUGCCCGGAAGCACGGCCUGGUGGCUGACAACCCCAAGGAUCAGACGCUAGAGGACAUGAUCGAGGGAGCGGUCACUGACACUCGCUACAAUCUGAUCGUCGCCAUCUACUACAAAACGUACGAGAAUGAGGCCGCUUUUCAGGCGGAGAUGAAAGAAGUCCUCAACGGAUUCAUCGCCGCGCUGGGCAACUUUGAGAAAUGGAUCGGCGAGAAGAAGUGGCUGGUCACAGACAAGCUCAGCUACGUGGACUUCAUGGCCUACGAGUACUUUGACUGGUACCGGGAGUUUGUCAGCGCCGACUGCUUUUCCGCCUUUCCCAAGAUGGCCGCCUACAUGAAGCGCUUUGAGGAGUUGCCCUCGGUGAAGGCCUACCUCACCUCCGAUGGCCACAAGAAGGCCAGCUGC